AUGGCGUCCGGCAGCUCGAGCCCGGCCCCAGAAAGCGUCUCCACUUCGCCUUCACCUUCGCCCCCGCUUGCGCCGGACAUGCCGGUCAAGAUUAAGGGCCGUCACCGUCUGCUCCGCGGCAUCCAGCGCAUAUCUUCGACGCCGUCGCUCACGGGCUUGCGCCGCUCCAGGUCUGUCGGGAGCCCCUACAGCACCCGGAGCACCCUCUCCUGCGUCAGCCUCGCCGCGACCGGGCCCCCGUCCACUCCCGGCAGCGCCCGAUCGUCCACGCCGCAGACAUCCCCCCUGGGAUAUCCGAGCUCGUCGUCAACAACCACUUACACAUCCACCGGGGAGUUCCCCUUCGAGAGCAUCGCCAGUCACCUGGCCGUUCGAAGAGUCGAAGCCGGCACACCGGCGUCCUCCUACGCAACCGUUCCGCUCCCCGCCGAUCUCAAGGCCAAGCAGGUCCAGAAGCCCCCCUUCCGCUUCUGGGAUGUCGUCCCCUACGAGGUCCAGAUUCAUAUAUUCUCCUUUCUCCGUCCGAAGGAGCUGGUCCAAGCAUCCCGAGUGUCCAAGGCAUUCUACAAGUCCUGUUUCGAUGGUCAGCUUUGGACCACCCUGGAUGCCUCAGAAUUCUACCAGGAAAUUCCAGCCGAGUCUCUGUCCAGGAUCAUUGUCGCCGCCGGUCCCUUUAUCAAGGAUCUAAACCUCCGGGGUUGCGUCCAAGUCGAGCAUUACAAACGCACAGAGGCCAUUGUCAAAGCAUGCAAGAACCUUAUGAAUGCGACACUCGAAGGGUGCGAGAACUUUCACAAGUGCACUCUCCACACUCUGUUGAGGAGCAAUGAGAAACUGGUCAGCCUCAACCUGACUGGGCUGGCUGCGGUAUCCAACACAUCUUGCACCAUAAUUUCCGAGUCCUGCCCCCAACUUGAGGUCUUCAACAUUUCUUGGUGCGGUAGAGUGGAUGCUCGGGGUGUCAAGUCCGUAAUUACAGGGUGCCCUAGGUUGAAGGACCUUCGGGUUGGUGAGGUUCGCGGCUUCAACAACAUCGAAACUGCCGAGGUGAUUUUCAACACUAACAAUCUCGAGAGAUUGGUCUUGAGUGGUUGCGCAGACCUCAAUGACGAAGCUCUCAAGGUUAUGGUCCACGGAGUCGACCCCGAGAUCGAUAUUUUGACCGAUCUUCCUGUUGUUCCUCCCCGAAAUCUGCGCCACCUGGAUUUAAGCCGCUGUGAACUGCUCACCGAUGUUGGUGUGAAGGCGUUGGGCCAUCAAUUGCCGAAUCUUGAAGGCCUGCAGCUGUCGAGAUGCAAGUUGUUGACAGACACAGCCCUCGAGCCCAUUCUGGCCUCUACCCCCCGCCUGACACACCUCGAGCUGGAAGACCUCGAGAACCUCACAAACACCCUUUUGUCGGAGCACCUUGCCAAGGCGCCGUGCGCCAGCACCCUGGAGCACUUGUCCUUGAGCUACUGCGAGAACCUUGGCGACAUGGGAGUGCUCCCGGUCAUGCAAAAGUGUGUAGGGUUAAGGCGAGCUGAUCUAGAUAACACACGAAUCAGCGACCUCGUCCUCGCCGAGGCGGCAUCGAUGGUCAACAAGCGCUCGAAGCGGUCCCUCAAGGCAAACAAGUGUCCAGAGCUCACACUGCAAAUGGACGUCUACGACUGUCAGAAUGUGACCUGGACCGGUAUCCGAGAGGUCCUCUUCCGAAACACCCAGGUCAAACCGGCUGCGGGUCAUCCCGGCCGUGUCAGCUACCCCACCGAGGUUAUCGGCCUCAAGUGUUUCUACGGCUUCCAGAUGACCGUGGACGAGCACCAGAAGCGUGUUCUCCGGAACGACCUUGCGUCCGCCGGCAGAUUAGAGAGGAAGUGGGCAGACUACAUGCAGGCUAGCGAGGAGGCCGGUAUGGCGGGCGCUGGGUAUCGAAGACGCAGGCGUCGGGCCCGGGAGGCUCAGGCCCUCCACCUUGACGAGGAGGAUGGCGUUGUUGGCGUCAACGGUCGCCGCAGGGCUCGGACUCUAGGUUCGUGCGCCGUUAUGUGA